AUGGCGCAAACUCCGCAAGACCUUAAGGUUGCCAUUCUGGGUGCAGGCAUGGGUGGCCUGACCUGCGCUUUGGCCCUGGCCAAGGAAGGCUUCAAGCACAUCGACGUUUAUGAGAAUGCACACGAUCUGGGCUUCGUUGGAGCUGGUAUCCAACUGGCCCCGAACAUGGCCCGCGUGCUGGAUCGCCUGGGUGUUUGGAAGCCCAUUGAGGCCGAGGCUGUUAACAUUACUUCCACUAGCGUUAGAGUCGGUGCCUCGGACUCGGAGUUGGCCCACGUCCCACUGGAAUACAUCCACGACACCUACGGAUAUCCCCACAUGGUUGGCCACCGGUCUUCCCUCGCCGGCCACCUGUACCAAGGUUGCCUGCAGCACCCGGACCAGAUCCGCUUCCACUUUGCCACUACCGCCAGCGACACCACCUUCCGUCCUAAGUCCUCCUUCACCGCUACCCCUCGCGACCACCCCGAACAGGCCUACCGCGUUGAGGCUGAUGUCCUACUCGCCUGUGAUGGCAUCAAGUCCCAGACCCGCGUGGCCAUGCUCGACCUCCUCGGCAUCAAGGCCGGCGUCAAGGACACCCACCAGGCCGCCUACCGUAUCAUGAUCCACAAGGACCAGAUCAAGGACGACCCCGAGCUCCUGGAGCUCAUGAACGGCAACCGCGUGACUCGCUGGAUCGGCGAGAAGCGUCAUAUAAUUGCCUACCCCGUCUCUAACAACACCAUCUACAACCUCUCCACCACCCAACCUGACACCCACUUCGCCGCCGCCACCAAUGCCACCUACACCACCCGCGGUGACAAGUCCGUCAUGCUGGGUGUCUUCGGCGACUUCUGCCCCAUGGUCCAGCGUAUGCUGAACUACGUCCCCGAGGGUGAAGUUUGCGAGUGGAAGCUGCGUGUUCACGAGCCCCUCCCCACCUGGGUGCACGAGACCGUCGCCCUUGUUGGCGAUGCCUGCCACCCUACCCUGCCCCAUCUCGCACAGGGUGCCGCCCAGGCCAUCGAGGACGGUGGUGUCAUCGGUGCUGUCCUUUCCAAGCUCCCCGAUACUACCCCAGCUUCCAUCCACAAGGCCCUCAAGGUCUACGAGAAGGUGCGCAAGGACCGUGCCUACGCUAUCGUCGAGCUGGCUGCCGCUUCCGGCCGUGCUCUUCACCUGGGUGAAGGUGCCGCCAAGGAGGAGCGUGAUCGCCAGUUCGCUGCUCUCCGCCAGGGUAAGGGCCCUGUGCCCGACAAGUGGGCGGAUGCCGAUGUGCAGAAGGAGCUGUAUGGCGUUGAUGCGACUAAGAUCGCGCUGGAGCAGUUCGACGAGCUCUUUGCUUCUGUGUAA